GCGCUGCUUCCGGAUACGUCUUUUGCUUUGCAGCGGCGUCGUUUGGAUCCUGAGAGGUCCGGUGGCUGACAGCCCAUCCUGCAACACACACACGCUGACGGGUUCUGUCCAUUCUGUGGUUCGCUGUAGCAGCAGACUGUAAACGACCAGACGCUCCGACAUGGCCCAGAGCUCCGACGCUGCUAACGUUAGCUCCGCGCUGAACGCAGGGCAGAAGAAGAGGAAGGUGGCGGUCAUCACCGGCAUCACCGGACAGGAUGGUUCCUACCUGGCUGAGUUCCUGCUCGCCAAAGGCUACGAGGUUCACGGUAUUUUGCGUCGUUCCAGCUCCUUCAACACGGGUCGGAUUGAGCAUCUGUACCAAAACCCGCAGACGCACACGGAGGGCAACAUGAAGCUGCAUUAUGGUGACCUGACAGACAGCACAUGUCUGGUGAAGAUCAUCAACCAGGUGAAGCCCACAGAGAUCUACAACCUGGGCGCUCAGAGCCACGUCAAGGUUUCCUUCGAUCUGGCCGAGUACACGGCCAACGUGGACGGCAUGGGCACGCUGCGUCUGCUGGAUGCGAUAAAGACGUGCGGCCUCACCAACAGCGUGAAGUUCUACCAGGCCUCCACUAGUGAACUGUACGGCAAAGUCCAGGAGAUCCCUCAGAAGGAAACCACUCCCUUCUAUCCACGCUCGCCUUAUGGUGCUGCUAAGCUCUACGCCUACUGGAUCGUGGUAAACUUCAGGGAGGCCUACAACAUGUUUGCUGUCAACGGCAUCCUCUUCAACCACGAGAGUCCGAGACGAGGUUCGAACUUUGUGACACGUAAGAUCAGCCGCUCUGUGGCGAAGAUUCACCUGGGCCAACUGGACAGCUUCAGCCUGGGCAACCUGGACUCCAAGAGGGACUGGGGCCAUGCCCAGGACUACGUGGAGGCUAUGUGGCUGAUGCUGCAGCACGAGGAGCCUGAGGAUUUCAUCAUAGCAACGGGGGAGGUUCACAGUGUGAGAGAGUUUGUGGAGAAGGCUUUCAAGCAUGUGGGGAAAACCAUUGUGUGGGAGGGACAGGGUGAGCAGGAGGUCGGCCGCUGCCAGGAGACGGGGACGGUGCACGUGAAGGUGGACCCCAAGUACUUCCGCCCCACUGAAGUGGACUACCUCCAGGGUGACAGCACCAAAGCCUAUCAGACGCUGGGUUGGAAGCCAAAGGUGACCUUUGAGGAGCUGGUGAAGGAGAUGGUGAACUCAGACGUGGAGCUGAUGAAGAACAACCCAAAUGCAUGAGACCAAAUCAGGACCCAACUUUGCUGUUUUCAUUUUUAUUCCUUUUUUAAAUCAAGUAAUUAUUUCUCUUGUUUUUUAUGGGGUUACAUUGAACCGUUCUCUGCCUUUGUGUUGGACCUUUUUUCUAUUACACUGAUUUAGUUUUAUUUUGAAAUUGUUUUUAUUAUUAAACGGGGCUUUAAAUAUUUAAACGCUGAUCAUUAACUGAGUUUUUAGGGUUCAUUUCCCUUUGUUUAGAUUUUGGUGCAGAUGUUAUUUAUUCUUUCAGAGAAUUGUGGAAGAAUUUAAAUAAAAUAGUAACGAAUUUAUCUUUUAUUGUAUAACGGGAAUAAACAGACUUCGGGACGUUUGGAAAAAUAAAGUUGCAAUUUUGUACACGGUC